CAACUUCCAGCCAUUUUCGAACUUUAUUUGCACGUGCGGGGGAGGAGUCGGUAUUCAUAUUCGCACGAUCGUUUUCAACUUCCUCUUCCUACCUUCCUCGAUACACCCCUCUUCCUAACAGCGAGACUACAUUUCCCAUCGUGCUUCAGGAGGCCGGUCAGUUCCGGGUUGCGGUAGCCGGGCGUGUGAGAGGGAGGGGUAGGGAAAUGCUGAAGGAAAGGCUGUAUGUUUACUUCCGGCCACCCUGUGAGCGAGUGAGUCGAGAGUGAGAUAGUGUGUCGCUCGCCCUGGCUGGUUGGUUGAAGGGACCCGGCGGGCGCUGCCUUGAGGGCGGAAACCCAGCGGAGCCACCGGAGAAGAAGCCCGAGGCAGAGAGGGCGCCAGACGAGAGUAGGUCUGAUCUGGGACAGGCACCCAUGAGCCUCCUCAGAGGCCGGAGCGAGCGGUGAGGAGAGGAGUUCGGGCGGGCAGGCAGGGACACAGCUAGAGCCGUCCGCCUGCCUGCUCGCUCGCUCGCUCGCCCGGCCGGCCGGCCCAGCACCGCGGCGGCGCAUAGCAGCAGGCGGCGUCAUGGACUGGCUCAUGGGGAAAUCUAAGGGAAAACCAAAUGGUAAAAAGCUGGCACCAGAAGAAAAGAAACUCUACCUAGAGCCAGAAUACACAAAGUCCAGAAUUACUGACUUUGAAUUCAAAGAGUUAGUUAUGCUACCACGUGAAAUAGAUCUUAAUGAGUGGCUAGCCAGCAACACAACAACCUUUUUCCACCACAUCAAUUUACAGUAUAGUACAAUCUCUGAAUUUUGUACAGGAGAGUCAUGUCAGACUAUGGCAGUGUGCAAUACACAAUACUACUGGUAUGAUGAGCGGGGAAAGAAGAUAAAGUGCACUGCCCCUCAGUAUGUUGAUUUUGUCAUGAGUUCAGUACAGAAGCUAGUAACGGAUGAAGAUGUCUUUCCUACAAAAUAUGGUAAAGAAUUUCCCAACUCCUUUGAAUCCCUAGUGAAGAAGAUUUGCAAAUACCUGUUCCAUGUGCUGGCCCACAUCUAUUCCUCACACUUUAAGGAAACUUUGGCACUGGAGCUGCAUGGACACUUGAACACACUCUACAUACACUUCAUUCUAUUCAUCAGGGAGUUCAACCUGGUGGACCCUAAAGAAACCUCCAUCAUGGAUGAUCUCACAGAAGUCCUCUGUACCACCAGUGGAAGCAGCAGCAAUGGGAGUGGCAAUGGCAGUAGUGGCAGCAGUAGUGGUAGCAGCGCAGGAGCACAGAACCAUGUGAAGGAGAGAUGAGUCUUCCCAUCAGGAGCAAAACUAAUGCUAACAUUUUUUUAAAAAAAAAUACUCUAUAUUCUCUGUGUGUAUGUGUAUGUAUAUGUGCAUAUGUAUAUAUAUACAGACAUACACAGCCAUGACAGUUUAAGCAAUUAUGCUGCCACCACAGGACAUGUAGACAUAUGAGACUGUAUGGAGCUUUUGUUAAAUGCAUCAUCCUUGGCGAGAAGUUGCACCAGUUCUAUUUUAUUGUCUCCUGCUCCCUGUUUUCUUUCUUUCCCCUAAGAGAUGGAUGAUUGCUGUUUUUAGAGAAGAACCACAUUUUUGAGUUGGGCCACUGCUUUGGGUUUGUUUGUUUUUCGGUCUGCCCAACCUCUUUUCCCUCCCCCCACCUGUUUUGUUUGGUCUUGUGUGAAAGCCCCAUUUCCGUCUGUCUGUCUCUCUAGGAUGGUUGUACUGCCAUUUUUAAGAUAUCAUAAGAAGUAACUUUUACUUAUAAUGUGGCUUAAGAUGCAGCUAGUUUGUUGGGUUUGGGGAAGGGGGAUUGGGAUUGGGAUUCAUCUUUGUUUUUACUUAAACUACCCUCUUUCCCUCCUCUCCCCCUCUCCUCACACCUUUUGCAUCUAGCCCUUUAGCGGCUUACAAUGAGAAGAAGUGUGUUUUGGUUCAACUGCAGUAUCAGUAAGGCUUCCAGCACACUUGAAGGAUGUGGUUCUCAGUCUACCUGAUCACAGCAUGUGAACCUUGAAAGAGCAUCCAGAAACCUAUUUUGCUUAUUGCUCCUAGUUCCUCUCUCUGACCUCCUGGUUCUUCCUCUCCCAGACACAAAUUCUGGACAAAAACAGUGGGAAGCUUGGAGUCCAAAGUGAUAAAAGCAGCAUCCAUUUAUUUGUGUUAAGCAGGAGGAGCUGGAGAUGAAUGGAAGGGGCAGGCAAUCCUUCACCACCCAUGCUAGAGAGAUGGCUGUUGGCAUAUAAUCAUAUUGUUGGCUUCUUUUAGUUCAUCUGUCCAAUAAUAAUAAAAAAAAUUCGAUCAGG